AGAAGCAGGCAAGAGGCAGGUCCCAGAGUUACAUCUAAGCUCCGCCUCCACCACCACCAUCACCACCACCGCUACCACCACCACCACGAUGCCUCACAUGACCGGCCGCCAGUGUUAUCUUGACUGUCGUGGAGUGAGGGUGUUCGCUUCUCUUCCGCGGGAGUCCUCGUGUUAAGGUUCCCGCCGUGCGUGUCUAAAACACAAGGAAACUGAUUAGCGAGUUGGCAGUUUUCGGGAAAGUGAGAGAGAGAGAGAGAGAGAGAGAGAGAGAGAGAGAGAGAGAGAGAGAGAGAGAGAGAGAGAGAGAGAGAGAGAAAAGUAAAAAAAAAAACACGCAGAAAAAGGAAAAGAGAAAACACGGAGGAGGAAGAGAAGAGAAGAGGUGAAGGCUGAGGAAAACACCGCCAGAUUCUCCUCCUUCGGUGCAGAACAACAGUGAAAAUAGUGCUAAUAAAAGAAAGAAAGAAAAAAAGUUAGUGUACUCGUCUUUACAGAACAAAAAAAAAAUAAAGAAAGAAAAAUAGAUAAAAAAUAAACACUUGUACUAAAAAUAGAAAAAAUAAUAUAAGUGACAAUUGGCAAACCAGCAAAUUUAACUCCUUGACAAAGACAAUGGCGAAAGAGCAGUAAGGAAAACCACCAGGUAGUAACACCAAACCUCCCAUGCAUGUUACUAACCCCACACCAAGCAGUCAUAUCCUCCCACGGUGACACACACGCCCCCUGGAAGAUGCCCUGAGUAAACAAGCAUACCCCUUUGUCAGCAGUAUGAGGGCGGGGUCUGUUUGGCCUCACACCUGCCUUAAUUGGCCCCACAACCCCCUCAGAGCUCGGGACAUGCUUACGUGAAGAGGUCCCGCUAUGGCCUCGCCCGGGCGUAAACUGGCGGCCGGCAAGGAGACGCUGCACAAGAGUAACAGUGAUCCAGUUCGCCGCAUUCAUCGUCAGUACGCCAAGAACAGGGGAGGAGGUGGCACGCCCGUCUCUCGCUGCUUCCUCAAUCUCGAUGGGUACUCGUAUGUCAUAGUCGCAAGCCCCCCGGAGAAGAAGAAGGACUCGGCGGAGGAGUCAAGCGCCCCCCCGCCUCCCUCCAGCAAGAAUGGGCAGCUCUCUAAACAAGGCUCCCUCACCAUCCUCCGGCGCUCCAGCAGCAGGACUCUGAGUGGCCGUGGUCCGCGGAACUCCUCCCAGAGCGAUGUGGACGCAGCAGACGCCGUGGACCUCCUGCAGGACGCUCUCCCUGCAGUGGACACGCCGGAGUCCUGCGAGAAGGCCGCGCUCAGGUUACGUGCCCUUCUGCGCCACCUACAGGAGGGCGAGGUGGCGGUGGGCGUCCUCCAGAAGAACCUGCAGUAUGCCGCCGAUGUGCUGGACUCAAUAUAUGUGGAGGAAAAUAACAGGUCUGAGACGACGAAGGAUCGAGCUAUUACCAUCAGCCUGGGACCCCCCACCAAGAAGGGGCGUCGACCCCCCCUCUCCGCCGUCGCUCUUGCCUCCAGGCGCCAUGUGGGAGACGAGGAGGACGAGUUGUCUGAGGUGGAGCCCGAUGCGGUGCCGCAGGAGGUGAGGGAGUGGCUGGCCUCAACCUUCACGCGUCAGCUCAACACCUCACGCAGAAAGACGGACGAGAAGCCAAGGUUUAGGUCCGUGGCCAAUGCAAUCCGCGCGGGUAUCUUCGUGGAACGGAUCUACAGACGCCUUUCCUCGGCCACCUUCCUGCAGCUUCCCCCAGAGGUCACCCGCAUCCUGAAGAGUGUGGAUGAAUGGAACUUUGAUGUGUGGCGGCUACAAGAGGCCAGCGCCAACACUCCCCUCAGGUGCCUCGCCUACGAGCUCCUCAACCGCUAUGGUCUCCUGCACAAGUUCAAGAUGCCGCCUGCCACACUGGAGACCUUCCUGACGCAGGUUGAGAACGGCUACUGCAAGUACAAGAACCCGUACCACAACAACGUGCAUGCGGCUGACGUGCUUCAGACCAUGCACUACAUGCUCUCCCAGACUGGCCUCAUGAACUGGCUGAAUGACGUUGAGAUCCUCGCCACUCUGGUCGCAGCGCUCAUCCACGACUUUGAGCACACCGGCACCACCAACAAUUUCCACGUCAUGUCAGGCUCUGAGACGGCCAUCCUUUACAAUGACCGGGCCGUGUUGGAGAACCACCAUAUCUGUGCCGCCUUCAGGCUGCUGCGCGCUGAGGAACACAACGUCCUGGUGAACCUGUCACGGGAGGAGUACAGGGAGUUCCGCAGCUUGGUGAUUGAGAUGGUGCUGGCCACAGACAUGUCCUCCCACUUCCAGCAGAUCAAGGCCAUGAAGGCAAUGUUGGCACUGCAGGACACCAGCCUGGACAAAUCCAAGGCCCUGUCCCUCGUCCUGCACUGUUGUGAUAUCUCCCACCCAAGCAAAAACUGGGUGUUGCAUGAGCGCUGGACCACUCAGCUGCUGGAGGAGUUCUUCCGGCAGGGUGACAAGGAGAGGGAGCUCGGCCUGCCCUACUCCCCCCUGUGUGACCGCAACAACACCCUGGUGGCCGAGAGUCAGAUUGGUUUCAUUGACUUCAUCGUUGACCCGAGUCUGGGUGUGUGUGGCGACCUGCUGGACAAGGUGGCAGCGCUGUCCGUGCCACCGUCCACACCAACCAUCGCUGAGGAGCCACACAAUGAGCCAGGCGGCCCCAUCAAGCGGCCAGUGCGCCCUGGGGGAGUGGUGGGCGUGGAGGUGCGGCGGCCCUGGCAGGACUGUCUGGCCGCCAACAAGGCCCGCUGGAAGGAACGAGCCAUGAAAGAUGCUGAGAUCCGUGCCGAGAUGGCCCUCAGGAACGAGAAGGUGAACGGCGAGUCUGGAGAGGGGGAAGGGGAAGGGGACAGCCCUGAGGACACCAUUGAGGAAGAGGAGGGGGAAGGGGCAAAGGGUGAGGCAAGUAAUGAGGAGAAUGGUGAGUAAAUGUCUGAAGGCUUGACCUGAAGUCUCUGAAAAUACAAACUUAAUAUUAUUAUACCGCAGUGUUUGUCAUCUUUUCUUUGUCUCAGCUUUGUACGGAUUCCAAGUGAUUGUUUGUUAUUGUUUGUUUUGAAAGGUGUCUAGUAUUAAGGUAACUGCUCCCGGGAGUAUUACAGAGACACUUUGUAGAUUUUGGUGUUCAUUUGCAGCUUGUAGUUAAAAUCUCACGAGACAAAGUGUGACGCUGAAUCACAAAAUAACAAAAAAAAAAACAAAUAUAUAAAAGAUAAAAAUGAUAGCCAGUUUGAAUCGCAAGACUACUAACUCAUCAUGUCAACAUUCUCACAUUGUGAUCUGAAUAAAGAAAACUUGACUGUGAUGGAAAUUUUUCAAGAGUAAUAAUUUUCAAAGGCUUCAUAUCUCACACUCCUUCAUGUAUCUAUCUACUGUUCAAUGAUCUUCAGCUGUAGGUCUUACAAUAGAUGCCAUUUACUGUAGCCAGGCGCAAACAUUUCUAUCAACUCUACACUGUGGAGGCAGCACAAUCUGUUAUCACUAGAAGUAGAGGACGUAGGUAUGCACUUAUCUCUCGUCAGUCUCUUGUUUGUACACUUUGCAUUAAGUGACCUACCACAAGUGAGGGUCAGCCAGGGUCAUGGUAGGGUCAGGGGCCACACCUGCCUCUCCGGGUACAAAUUUACUUUUCCUCGCAAAAUUCACUUGUGCGGAUUGGUGCUGGAAGUGUUGCUUGUGACUCCAAAUGUUGAGGAAUUAUGUAUUGAUGGUUUCAGUCAUUUCUGUAUUGACUGUGCCGGGAAAAUAAGUCUGUUAACCCUUUCACUGCUUUAUGACUCAUGGUGUCUUGAUUCUCUUCCUCACAAACCACUCUGAAAAGUUUGUUUUUAGUUUUCCAGCAGCCUCUAGGAAUUCUACUGGCAAGAUACUGGAAAAUCUAUUAUUUCCAUUCUUUUUUCUGUUUUGUGGAUGCUUGUGAAGAUUUUGUACCUUGCCUUUAGUGCAGUGAACUGUUGAUGUCGCAGUGGAAGGGUUACAUAAAGCGGUAAUGAUUUGGCAGGUGGGAAGGACAGAUUAGAGGCAAUGUAUGUAUUACUGAUACUUUGCUAAAUUGUGAUACUCUUUGUUCUUGUGUUCAGGCACAUUACAAACUUAAUUAUCAUAGCUAACAUGUGUGUAGGAUGAUGUGAAAGGCGGGCAAGUGUUGGGCUCAAAUUAUUGUUUAUCCUUCUCUAAGAUAUCUUGUCAGACAUUCAGUUUGUGUGUGGUCAGUAAUUUGAUACAGAGAAACACUGGAAAGUACUGACUAACUAUAUGGAAAAUUAACAGCCACUGAAGUAUCUCAUGUUAAACACCAAUUUGAACCAACGCUCGUCCGACUCACUAUAAUGAUGUACGUAUAGUGAAAAUGUUACAUGCAUUAUCAGGCUGAACAUCAUACUCAUUAUGUGUGCUGGACCAUUUGUGCAUUCUAUAAUACAUUGAAAAUUGGGUUCUUUUAUGUAGGAAUUGUACUUAAUUUGAGAUAUAUAUUGGAUAUCUUGUAGUAGGUAGUGAUAAGUGCAUCAAAUUAUGAAAAAAAUAUUAGGUGCUAUGUUGUCAUUUAAAAAGCAUUGGAAAAACAAGUGUCGAAAAAGUUAUGUUGUUAUUCAUCUACAAAGAGGAAGAAUAGAAAUAAGGCAAUAUAGUUUAGGAAAGGUUAAGAAUAAGAACAUGCUUUCUGGCUUAGUAUAGAUUUCUAAAAUUGAUCUUCUUAAACAUUGAAGCAAAUAAUUUAAGUUUGACCAAGUAAGCAGCUAUACACCUUCAAAAAUGCACUUAUAUAUAUAUAUGUAUACAAUGGGGAGGGAGGGGGAGGGCUAAGAAUGGCAAAAAUAUUUAAUUUCUUACUGAAUUCUGAAUCACAGUAGAUAGUGUAGACUUGUUGAAGUAAGUUACAGUUGCAGCUGGUUGAAGUAGUAAAUCUGGCAUAACAUUUAUGCUCUCGGCUGAUCAGCUGUGUGUGGUACUGUGGGAAAGCGGGUAUUUGUCAGCACCAGGACUGAGGGUUCCCUUCUUGUGGCACGGCAGACAUUCCUUCUUGGAGGAGGUCGCCGCCCCGCCUUGACCGGCCACCAGACAGUGACCAAGGCGGGGCAGUGAAAGCUUCUUGUUUGUGUGUAUCCACCUCAGACUCAUCCCUAGGUAACAAUUGCAAUGGUUCAUGUCACUUAUGGUGUUGUUCCUUUGAAGCGUUCAUGUUUGUAUCACUUACUUACUCCAUUGAUGUUGUUCCUUUUUAGCAUACUUGUGUUACUCCUUGUUUGUGUGAGUGUGGUGUGGUGAUUAGUCCAGGAUGUGUGUGUGUGUGUGUGUGUGUGUGUGUGUGUGUGUGUGUGUGUGUGUGUGUGUGUGUGUGUGUGUGUGUGUGUGUGUGUGUGUGUGUGUAAACUACCUCAUGUGUCAAGCACAGUCUGGGUAGUGGAAAAAAAAACUAAUACCAAAGUGGGUGACAAAAUAUAAUUAAGUGUUCCACUGAUGUAUUUCUUAGGUUUAAUGUUUUAUUAUUAUUACUCUUGCAGUUUCAUUGUGCAAUAUCCAGUGAAUCUGUGUGUGUGUUACUGCUCUUUUUAGCCAUUUUGUCAACAAGUUCCUGAGACAUUUUCCAGCGAGUGCUUCACAGUAUAACCAUGCAGACAGAUGUACUAAUAAUGUUAACUCUUUCUGAACAUUCAUUUACUCUCUACAUGAAGUAACAAUCUGUGCCUUCAAACACAGAUCCCAUAGCAUAUAAGCUCAAAUUAUUACACCAGUCAGCCAUCAUACAAAAAUUAUGAAAACCACACUAGAAAAGCACCUCAAUAAAUAUUAAAGAAAGAUGUAGCUAAUGAAAGAAUUGAAGUAACUUGUUUGAUUCCUGUGCAGUUAUGAUGGCAUAUGAGACCCUUUAGAGAGAGCUUAGUCAAAGAAAGGCAGUAGUAACAUCUUGAAAGAGUAGAAAGGGAGAACUAUAAGUAGACGUUUGAAGUUCUUAUUUGCAAAGGUUACUUGGAAAUUAAAUCAAGUCAGAGGUCCAAUAAUCUAUUGUUUAAUUGAAGUGAAUAGUGAGAGAGAUGUCUGGUGUAUGAGGAGAAUAAAUGGAAAUGUGGUGAAAGAGUGCAUGGAAGAUUUGAUGUCAAGCAACACUGACGGCAUGAAAUGUGGAGUGGUGGUAGUGAAGAAAUGUGGUGUUCUUUAUUGUGUGUG